AUGGAUAAAUCAGCGACUACUGGUGAAGCAGGUGAUGAAAGUUUUGAAGAUGUUAGUCUUGUGACCAAUAAUACGAAUAAUUCACGUGAUUUUAACAAUGCACCGAAUAGUGUUGAUGAUGAAAUAAUUAAUUAUGAACCUGAUGUAACAGAUAAUGAAAAUUCAUUAAGUCAUGAAGAAUCUGAUAUGUCUGAUGAUUCAAGGCAGACGUCGGAUUUAAUUAAUGACAAUUGGAAAGAAGGUACUGUUGAAGGUGUUCCAUCAAUUACUUGUGUUAAACAGUACAUUACUGCUUAA